AUUUCGUACUGUACCCAAUCCCAAGGGCAAAGCUCAACCUUGUGUGCCACGAUUGCAAUCGAAGACACCCUUGCGAAACAAGGAACGAAGACGAGUCUUUGCCUAGCCCAACCACACACGGUUGGCGCUGUGCGUUGCGGACAGCGGGCGCCGAUCCCGAUGAGUUGAACGAUGGCAUCGCCAUCCUGCCAAACCGCACCGGCUCCAGCCCCGCAGAACSCAGCUGCCGAUGGCAUCCAUCACCGCCCCGGUCCGGACCACGGCCGUGGCGAUGGCAACAAGGAGCGCGACRGCGAUCGCUCCUGCAGCGUGUGCGGAAAACCGUGUACCACUCGUUGCUCGGGGUGCAGAUCGGUCUACUACUGCUCGGUAGAUUGCCAGCGAUGGGACUGGAAGGACGGGGGACACCGCCUUUCGUGYCCGGGGCGGAGCGGCGGGGGGAGCAGGCCACGAGCGAGCGCGAACGCCAAAGCACGGUCCCGGGCAACUACCGCGCCGAGGCGGGGUACGGGGCCGGGCRAAUGCUCCCGGGCGACCCCCACGAGCGAACCGAAAACCGCAAGCGAGCGCACAAACGACAAGAGGCCCGGCACGGUCGCCGGCCCAAAGCUACCCCCGCCCACCACCGUUCGGAACGAAGCGGAGGCAGAGCGYGUUUUAGAGGAAUUCUGGUCGGUCCUGGGAUCGGCCGYUUCGGGUGAGGAUCCAACGGAGGCAUCGGAAGGAACGGGAAAGCCAAAACGAGGGUCGAGCAAAGGGACAAACUUGGAAGCCACGAGCAAGAGCCACAAACCACAUCCAUCAGCAGCAGCUACAAAGACAACACCACCCACAGCAAAUGAAAAGACAACAGAAAUGGUAGAUACAACAACAAUAACGGACCCAAAACCAACGACGUCGACGGAGGUCUCGUCGGCUCUGGGAGGACUCAAAACGAUCCAUCGCUCAAACGAUCCGGGGGAAACGAAUCAUUCGCUCUCUCUGCCGUCGCUACCGAUURUAGGGAACGAAGUGGUGUCCUUUGUGGCGGAAGAAAUGCCGCAAAUCUGCAGGUUUCAGCUCACGAUGACACUGAGGCAGCCGUCGUCCUCUCCGCCGCACGAAAGGAGCAGCGGUGGUUUGGAUGCGGACUCGAUCGUUGUCUCCACAACCCCACUGGGCAGGGCUGCUUCCCGCACGAURGUGAUUAUUCGACGGAGGGAAGCAAACAAACCCGGCGAUGUCCGGGCUUCCCAGCCAGCGACAGACCACACCGCGGCUCUGUUUGUGGGAGAAUUCCCACGCAAGAUAGAGGCUUCCGACGUCACGUGGAGGGUUUAUCCCAGCAAUACGCCCGGCAACRAAAGCAGCGCAGCGGUGCCUAUUUUUUCUGCGGUGAAAAUCGUCUUUCGGCUCCCCUAUCCGUACGAUCCUUCCGUUGCCCCGGGGUCUCUCGGUGGCAGUGCGAUCGGCAAUGCUUCGUCGUCUUCUACCCUGGAUGAAAUCAACAGCGUGCUGUGCGGAUCGUGUCACACGCCCCUUAUUCUCCGGAGGCGCCACGACUGCGGAGCACACGACAACGAUGYCGAGGCCAGUAGCAACAACGGCCGCAGCAACUCUCACAACAAAACCGCAAUCCAUUCCUCCUCGAGCGAUACCGAGCCGUCCCAAUCUGACGUGGGUACGAUUCGUCGGGUAUUUCCUCUCCCGGUGGGACACUGGGACGAAAUCGCGGAGUAUCUGAUUUGCUAUGACGGUGUAAGUUCCGUUUUUGCAUUGUUUUUUUUAAUUUCUUUGCUUGGUUCGAUAUUUUUGGAGUCGCUCUUAUCGUGCUGAUGCUGUUGGCGUUURGACCGUUUUGUAUGCUGCUCACUUUACGACUUCCAUUUUUCAUGCGUUGUUUCCCACACUUCCAUUCGAAUUCAAACAAUCCAUUCGUUGAUUGAUUUUCACUGCAUUUUAUUUCAUUCCACACAAAAUAUGGAUGGCUUGACUCCCCAUUUCUUUUUCUUCCGCGUCUCCGUCCGAUUUUGUUCCAGCAACCAGUUGUGGAUUUUUCUGCUGGAUCAGAGUGUGCAGAACCAUCCAUGGCGUUGCAAGAUGCCAGCUUGCUUUGCUUUCACAGAAGGGAUGUGGAACAUGCGGUUUGCGCUCUCGCCGUCGACGGAUACGGUGAACCGACGGAACGAAGGAAAAACGAUGCCAAUAGAGGCGAAAUCGAUGGUUUCGGUGACCUGGGAACCUUCGGAACCAAACCGGAGUCCUCGUUGUUUGUGCUCCAGGAGCCACAGGAUAGCGGUGGUCCCAACCGCAACGACCCACAGGGAGCCCCGGGAGACGCAAAAGAGGAAGAGCACCGGCCCAAUAGCGAGGACGAGGUUCUUCCCUCCUCAGCGGUGGUGCGUGGAAAUCGAUCUUGGCAGGACGCGGCGGACGGGGAUAGCGUCAGCCUCUGCUGCGGUCGGUGCUGUGCUCCGAUCGGGUUUGCUUCCCUGGGUAGCCCCGAAACCUGGAGAUUUUGGAAGCACCGCUUGUGCCUACCAAUGCCGAAACUGCCUCAGGAAAACGAACAAACGCGAGAAAGUGAAUACAGGAUUGGAGAGAAUCCCGUUGAAGCGAACCACAUCCCAUUCCAAAACGCUUCGUUGUUGCAGCCCACAAAGCCUUUCGCAUCGUGUUCUUCCUUCCUUGCUCGAGAACUGGUCCGAUACGCCGAAUCCAAGGCAAUUUUCACGUUUAUCGUUCGGUGUGAAGAAACAGAAGAUGACGACGACGAUGSGGAGGGCGGAGAGAGCACAAAAUCGAACAGCGAAAUCAAGUGCCUCCUCCUGAGGCURCUCAGCUGGGAAACCGCGAUUGCGACAUCCUUUGAMAUAAACGAUUCUUCUCUCUCAUCGCGCAGGCGACUCCGGUUUCAAAGGGUGGCCAAGAUUGUGUUCGAAGAAACCAUCGACCCAACCGCAAGCGAAGCAGCGGCAGGUGCCUCGGCGGGGCACAACGGCAACGGCUCGUCGGCCACAACCCAAUGGUUUUGGGGGGGAGUCGACCUSUGCUGCCCACCUCCGUCUGCGGCAGCGACCAAAACCUCUGCGCCGAAGGCUUCGUCCGGAGAACGAGGAAACGAGGGAGACGAUCCGGUUUCUACCGUGCGGCUGCAAUUGCCGAGAUUGGAAUACGAUCGAGUGCUUGACGACCUCGUGUCCGGACGCUCCCUCUUCCAGAAGGAGGUUGCCGACGCCACGAUCAUGCUGAAAAUGGGUGGGAUGUCGGAAGGACUGGGACUCACCGCGGUGGCCCUGGAGUAAUGGGUGCGUGCGAAUUUGGCUUCUCUUUCGAAAACGCGUCCGGUUCAACGAGGGAAAGAAAUCUGUUGCAUUCGG